UUGAAGAUCUAUACGUAGAAAAAUGUGGGAAAUUGACAAGUCUAAUGCCAUCUUCAGCUUCUUUCCAGAAUCUUAAAUUCCUAAAUGUCUAUGGUGUGGAUGGGUUAGUUGCCUUAACAACACCUUCAGUGGCUAGAAGCUUGGUGCAGUUAAGAGAAUUGAAAUUAUCAUUUUGUGAAAUACUGGUUGAAAUAAUAGAGAAUGAGGGAGAUGCAACAACAAGUAGCAAAAUUGUUUUUGACAAUUUGAAGUUGUUGUACCUUACACAGUUACAAUGUCUUACAUGCUUUUGUUCUGGGAACUACUCUUUCAAUUUCUCAUUGCUAGAAGAAUUAACUAUAGAAGAAUGUCCCAAUUUGAAGACUUUCUCUCAAGGAAUGUUAAGCACUCCAAAGUUGCGCAAAGUCAAUUACGAGGGAUUGGUAAUAGAAAAUGAGGGGAAUGAUCUUAACAAAAUUAUACAUGGAUUGUGCAAAAAGAAAGGCGAGGAAAUCUCCGUUGAUGUCAAGUACAAGGCAUUCAGAGAUGAUAAUUCUACAAAAAUUUGCUACGACCAACAUCCAACUUCCUUCUAUCAAAAUUUGACAUGCUUGAUGAUUUGGAAUUGUGGAAAUAUAAAAUAUGCAUUUCCACCCUCCAUUGCCAAAAGUUUCCAUCAACUCCAACAACUAGUGAUAAGUGAUUGUAAGGCUUUAAAAGAGAUUGUUGCAAAAGAAGGAAAAAAUGUUGUGGUCAAUUUUGUCUUUCCAAAUUUAACCUUAUUGAAGCUUCAAAAUCUACCAGAACUUACAGUUUUCUACCCUGAAAUACAUACUUCAGAAUGGCCAAAGUUGGAAGAGCUGGUCGUGGGAAAUUGUGCCAAGUAUCUUAGCUUCAAAGAAAACAACGAGGAGAUUGAAUUUAACAUUUUAGAUCCAAAAUCUAUCUUCUUGGAAGAUAAGAUCAACUCCCAUUUGGAGAUAUUUGAAUUAUGGAAUGCUUCAGCAAAAUUUACUUGGAAAAAGCAAUCUAAGUCUCUUUAUAUCUCUAAAGAUGAGUCAGCAUAUAUUCCACUUGGACCUCUUCAAAGAUUUCAAAAUCUGAAAGAGCUUAAACUAAUUAGCUGUAAUUACAGAGGAAUUAAGCGGCUAUUGGAUCUUCAAAGUCUUGAAGUUCUAGAUUUAUGGAAUUGUGAAAUGUUGUUGAGUCCACUGCUAUCUACACCUUUCCAGAAUCUUAAAGUUCUUAAAGUCAAAUGUCACUCUGAGUUCUUUCACUUAUUUACACCUUCAAUGGCUGGAAACUUCUUUAACUUAAUUACACCUUCAACGGCUAGAAACUUGGUGCAAUUAAGAGAAUUGAGCAUAUCAUCCUGUGACACGCUGUUUGAAAUAGUAGAAAAUGAGGGAGAUGCAACAUUUAGUAGUGAACAAGUUGUUUUUAACAAUUUGAACAAAUUGUCACUUAAAAAUUUAGGUCUUUCAUUCUUUUGCUCUGGGAAUUACUCUUUCAAUUUCCCAUCUUUGGAAGAGUUAAUUAUAAAAUUUUGCCCCAAAAUGAAGUAUUUUUGUCCAGGAAUGUUAAGCACACCAAUGUUACACAAAAUCAAUUAUGAGGGAAUGGAGGUAGAAAAUGAAGGGAAUGACUUGAAUUCAACUAUGCAACAAGCACACAAAGAAAAGGUUGGCUCCGAUAUAAGGACAUUGAAUUUAAAUGGAAGGGAUAUCAUGGUGAUUUGGCAAGGAGAGUUUCAAGAGAACUUUUGCAUAGUAGAAACUCUUGAAUUGAUUAUGGAUGAAUAUAAAUAUAUUCCAAUUCAAAUCCUUCAGAAAUUUGUUAAUCUUAAAAAGCUCAUAUUGAAAGUGAGUUCAUACGAAGAACUAUUCUCGUUUGGAGAAGGUGAAAAGGACAUUGGAGUAAUCACAAACUUAAAACAAUUAGAAUUGUGGGGGCUUUUUAAUUUAAAGUGCAUUUCAAAGCAAGACUCUCGACUGAACUCAAUUCUUCAAAAUCUUCAUUCUUUAUAUGUAAACCAUUGUCACAAUUUGACUACUUUGCUGCUGUCUUCACAAUCUUUUGAAAAUCUAAGGACUUUGAGGGUACAUCAUUGUAAUGGAAUGCAAAACUUAAUGAUAUCCUCAACAACCAAAAGUCUAGUGUGCCUUGAAAAUUUGUCAAUAAAAGAAUGUGAAAUAAUGAUAGAAGUACUAGCAGAUGAAGGAGAUAUAGAGAAUGGUGAAAUUGUUUUUAAGAAAUUGAAGUACUUGACCUUGAGUGGUAUAGAAAGUCUCACACACUUCUACUUUGGGAAUUACACCUUAAAAUUCCCAUUAUUGGAAAGUUUAUAUGUGAGUAGAUGCUUUAAGAUGAAAACUUUCUCUAGAGGAGAUUUAAGCAUGCCAAGGUUAGUAGCGGUGAAUUCGAAAAACUGUUCAAGUGACCUAAAUUCAGUCACACAACAAUUACAAAAUGAUUGUGCAAAGUUAUGGGAAAGAUUCCCAUGGUAGCAAACUGCAAAGUCACAUGGUGUCUGUUAAGAAGAGAACGCUGAAAUGUAUUGCAGAUUACAUUGUUGAUGUAACUUGUUAACCGGCUGGACUCAGUCACAACUAUGGAGCCAUAUUUAUCGUGUAAAUUGUUUUGCUAAUUCUCAAAGUAUAUUCACUUCCAUGUUUGAUUCUGAAGUUUCUAGUCUCAAAUCCAUGUUUCCUGCCUGUUUCCAUGUUCUGUUGUGUUUUCAGCCUUUUCUCUAUAAUUCCCCGGGGGUCUCUGGUUCUCUGUGGUUCUCCUCUGCAUCGGCCUAGCUUCUUCCCGUGAGUUCUUGGGUCCUGUGGAGGCGCCGUUCUGCUGCUGGUCUAUUUUGGCUUGGGUUGGCUCUCUGCAGCUGCUUUGGUGCUGAAAUCCUCUCCUGUUCUCUUGCCUUUCUCCUUCUGUGGAGUUGCUGAUUCCUGCAUCCCUCUCCCCUGUUGGUUCUCUCCUGCAUUGGGGUUCAUUGGGUUUGUUGACCUUUUGCUGCCUUGCUGCUGCCUGUUCUGCUGGCCUCUUCCUCCGUUUGAUGGUUGCUGCUUUCUUAAUCCUUUCUCUCCCAGCGUCUUUUCUUCUCUCUCCUGGAGCGUUCCAGCAGUGUUUUUGCGCGCCUGGUUCUUGGUUGUGGUUCCAGUUAAGUGGCUUUUUAGUGAAAUGGUUGCACAUUGGUCCAUUUCUGUGUCUGCUCCUGGUUCCUGGGAUGCUUCAUACUGUUGUAUCGUGUGUGUGCCAGUUGACGCUUCAUACUGUUGGCUGGGUUCUUCUUGCUGUCUUUGGCGUCCUGCCAUGCAUGGAUUGCAACUGGUUAUUUUAAUUUCAGUUGGUCGUCCCUAGUACGUUUUCUGUUCUCAAGUGGUUUAUUGUUGGUUUGCAAUUGAGUGAGAGUUUUAGCCAUUGGGUUUGUGAUGUCUUGUACUUGGAGUGUUUUUUGGCAAUCCUGUGGGAUGAGCUUAGGUUGUCUUUGUGUCCCUGUUUUCGGGUUUUUAAUAUAUAUAUUUACUUGUCAAAACAAAAAUAUAUUUGAGUUGGAA